AUGCCCGCCUCCAGCCCGAAAUGUAACAGCAGCAACUGCAAGAGUCAAACCCCCGGAACAGUCCCCAUUGCCAGAGCCACGCCGCCAUGGAGCAACUUCAAUUUGACGACCCGUGAAGCUGCCGUCUCCAUCUGGCGCGUGGUUGGCGUGCCCAUCACAAUGCCCCUCUUGUUCCCAACGUCAGCAGUAACAGCCCUCAGAAUGUAUAUUGGGCGGUACUUGGUCUGUAUCCUUGCUGAGUUGGGGCCCCGUGGUUUCUACUGUAAGCUAAGUGAGCUCCCCAAGGACUCGGCAUGGCAAGGUAUCUGCCCACGCUGUCCUGCCUUGAGAUGCGCUAAGAAUACCGGCCAAGGUACAUCAUUGGAACCUGCAUCCAGGAACCUGACUACUGCGUACGCUGCUGCACGUUGGCUGCAGACCUUAAUUCCCCGUCCCCCGGCCUGCUGCUCUCAAUGGAAAGUCGCUGCUACAUCUCUUGGCCUGCCCGCCCGUGUUUCUGUCCUCGCCCCUGUCUCUGCCCAUCUCUUCUCUGCCUGCUCCCCGCCGUACGCACACACGGCCACACAGUUUGUCCUCUGA